UACUUCAAGUAUGACUUCUGAAGCAUCACACUCAAGAAGUUCACCAAUUGGCUUUGUGAUGAAAUGGACUGCAAAACAUGACAUUGAAUUGUGCAAAGAGGUAGUGGUGUCACAAAUCUUUGAGACAAGAAAGAAAUCUAUUGAAAGAGGAAAGUUGUGGGACAGCAUUGCCAGAAAGUUGGAAUUUCAUGACCAUCUAUGCUUUCGAGUAGAUCAGCGAUCAGUUAGAGAUCGCAUGCGAAAAUUGAUAGCCAACUACCGUAAAAAGGAGAGAGAAGAAAGAGCUGCAAGUGGAAUUUCUCCAGAACAUGAUGGGCUGGAUGACUUGCUAGAGGAAAUUAAUGCUAGAGAGGAGGCAAAUGAUGUUGUGGCUGCAGAAGCUAAUGCUGCUGAAAGGAAGAAAACUGAUGCUGAUAAACUAGCUGCAGAAGAAAUGCGAAAAAGAGCCAUGGAGCAUCUAGCAGAAACCAAGCAGAGAGAAGAAAAUGAUGAGGGUCCGGUUAAGAAAAAAGUAAGAAGAGGGGGGGACUCAACCUUAGAUUUCCUAAAGGAGAAGGCUGAGAAAGAGAGAAAAGUAAAAGAGGACAGUUUGCUUUUGGAAAGAGAAAGACUGGAAUUUCAGAGGCAACAAAUAGCAGCAGAAAAAGAAAGCAGGGAGCAACUUAUGGAAAAGCAAAACAAGCAAUUUGAGAGUUUUAUGGAAAUGAAAAGUACAUUUGAAGUGAAGGUGGUUCAAGUUGAAAAAAUUUGCUGGUUGUAUUUGAGUGCAAGCAGGUCAGAGCAUUUCUAA